UAAAUUUGUCAUUUUUGCAUAAAUCUGCCAAAUUUGACAGAUUUGUAUCUGUAUAACUUGAUGUUUGGCUGUCUACACAGUAUGUUUCAAUGCGUGGAAAGAACAAUGCUUUUUUGCUACAGCCCCUAAAUAGCUACAAUAUACAAUCCAAAAACGCGUGUGUACCUAUGUAUAUACGUUUGUGUGACUUUGAUCUUUGUCUAGCUUUCUAACUCGCAUUCUUAUUCAUCCACUGACUGAAAAAAUACAUAAAAAGAAGUGAUAAAUAAUGUUUCAGUACUGUUCAUAUUGUGCUUUACAACAGUUCAGGUUUAAAGAAAAAAAUGUUGAAGUAGGCGCCAAAUUCUAAAUAGGAUUAGUAAAUUCUUUAAAGUGAACUAAAACAUUAUUAUUAUUUCUUUUUAUCUAAUAGGGCAGAGGAGCAGACGAAUCAUCUAAUGGUAAGCAAUUGCCGCCGCCUAUUGAAAUUUUUCGAAGGUGUUUUUUUUUCUUUGAAAAAGAAAACGUUUGGUUUUUUUGGCACAGCGCACCCCUUACUUACUGGAAAUAAUUAACUCCCCCCUCUCCCGGUGAAUUGAAAACCUCCUCCUUUUCUUAAGUUGGUUAAAAGAUUAAAUUUUUUAUAUCUCAGUUUUUUAUUUUUCCCUUGUGGUUUCAGAAAUAAAUAUGCCUUUAUCUCCUGCUGAACGACAACGACUGUAUAGAGAAAGGUUAAAAACAAAAAACCCUGAAAAAUAUGAGGAAAUCAGGCUAAAAAAUUUAGAAAGAAUUAAAAAUAAUUAUAUAAGAGUAAAAGAACUAUCUGAACACCAAAGAAAGAUAAGGCGUAGGACUUGGCGGAAACUUAAAGAAAAAAGUAAAAUAAAGAAAAAAGAUAACAAUAACGAAAAUGAAGCACAAAAUCCAGAAAAAUGUUGCACAGAGAAAAAUAGCCGUAUAAAAAUAUAUAAACAUAUUUACUAUAAAUUUCAAAAGAAAUAUAAAUACCAAGAGGAAAAAAACAAACGCAUGAAGAAAAGAAUCGACACAUUGAGAAAAAAAGUAUUUAGACACAAAAUAUUAGCUGAAUGUCAACAAGAAAAGGCAGAAGUUAUAGAAAAAGAAAAUACUCAUGCUCCUUUUCGGACGGACCUUUUGCCCAAAUUGUUAGAGACGCUUUAUAAGAAGUGUACGACGAACAUUGAAAGGAAUGUAAUAAAAAAAAUUGUAAAUGACCCUUUGGUCAAAAGUUACAAAUUAAAAACACGAUGGGCUCGAUAUUUAGGCUUGAAAGGCAGAAUCCGCAACCCAGCAGCCAAAACAAAAAAACAAAAAUACAUUGCCGAUAAGAUAGAACAAUUUUUUUUACGUGACGAUAUAAGUCGAGCAACAGCUGGAAAAAAGGAGACCAAGACCCUAAAUAAAACAAAAAUGCAAAAGAGAUUGCUCCUCGACACGUUAAAAAACAUACAUAAAAAAUUUGUAAAUGACACCGGGUUAGCAAUUUCUUAUGCAACUUUUAUAAGAAGAAAACCAUUUUAUGUUUUGAGCCCGAAAUUGUCGGAUAGAGAUACUUGUGCUUGUAGAAAGCAUGCGAAUAUGCAUUUCAAAUUUAUUUCAUUGAAAAAAGCAUAUGUGUUGGUGUUCUAUAAUAAUUUGAAGGAAGCAGUAAAAGCGACUGUUUGUGAUGAGAAAUCAAGAAGCUGUAUGUAUUCCGAAUGCACGGUUUGUGCAGAAAAAAAAAUUAACUAUGACUAUUCAUCAACAAAUCAGGAUGCUAAUAUAUCUUGGAUAGAAUGGAACCUCAAAAAUCAUGAAUACGAUAAGAAUGGUGUAAAGAAAGUGUCUAAAAGGAUGUUAAAGGAGAUCAAGCAAGAUUCUUUAAAAAACUUGACAGAGAAGUUUGAGACGGAAUUUAAGGCUUAUAAGGUGCAUUUAUUUAACAUCACUCAUCAGUAUAGUACUUACAGAGAAUUGAAAGAUAAUCUUAAGUCUAAUGAAAUGAUCCUACAUUGCGAUUUUUCAGAAAAUUAUGCUUGUAAAAUGCAUCAGGAAGUUCAGGCUGUCCAUUUUGGCGGUUCACAGCACCAAAUAUCUUUGCAUACGAGUGUACUGUACAAAAAUAAUGAGAAAGCUCAAUGCUUUUGUACAUUUUCGGAUUCCAAAAGUCAUACACCCGAAGCAAUAUGGGCACAUCUGCAGCCUAUUUUGAUCUAUAUUCAAGAUAAUUAUCCCGCAGUUACUUGUUUGCACAUAUAUUCCGACGGACCAUCAUCCCAAUACAGACAGAAGAAAAAUUUUUUCCUCUUUAACAGUGUUAUGCAUCAUUUUGGUCUAAAGGGUACUUGGAACUACUUCGAAGCGUCGCACGGUAAGGGCGCGGCUGAUGGAGUAGGAGGAUAUAUAAAAAGACUACUAGAUAGGAAAGUAUUACACGGAAUUGAUAUAAAUACUGCUCAAGACGCAUAUACGCACACAAAAGAUACAUGUAUAGAAGUGUAUAAUAUUGAAGGAAGUGAAAUUGAAGAAAUUACAGACAAUUACAAAGAAGCCGGUACUCCAAGCGGGCCGCCAGUUGUCCGGUGCCAACUUCGCAAGCACAAACCGAACAGGAAGCCGCGGACGCCGUUCACCACGCAGCAGCUGCUCGCAUUGGAGAAGAAAUUCAGGGACAAGCAGUACCUGAGCAUCGCUGAAAGAGCAGAGUUUUCGUCUUCGCUGCGACUCACUGAAACACAGGUUAAAAUAUGGUUUCAAAAUAGAAGAGCGAAGGCGAAACGCUUGCAAGAAGCCGAGAUUGAAAAACUUCGGCUAUCGGCGCGCCCACUUCUGCCACCGUCCUUCGCUCUAUUUGGGGGAGGAGGUGCUCCCCCACUCUUCGCAGCGAUGGCUGCCGCCACGCGACCACAACUCAGUUUCCUCGGUGGCCCCCCGAGUCAUCAACACGCCAUCAACAUGAACAUACUCAACUCCUUACAGCCUCAUUGA